UUAUUCCCAAAAUACACCUCAAUACACCUAAUACCAAAUUACACACACAAUUUUCAUUUUCAUACUUUUCUCUCUCAAAAAUUCCUUUCUCUUUCGCUCUGUUCCAGUGAGGAAAAUUCUCAUUCUCUAUAGUUGGAUUCAUGUCGCAGGAAAAGGGUCGACCAUUGCCUAAGUUUGGUGAAUGGGAUGUCAAUGAUCCAGCUUCUGCAGAGGGAUUUACUGUGAUUUUCAACAAGGCUAGGGAUGAGAAAAAAACUGGUGGCAAGCCUGACUCACCAUCAAAGGCUGAUGGUAAUAGAAAGGAAGGAGAAGAACCUUUAAAACCUCAAACUAAAAAAUGGUUUUGCUGUAUGCAGAGCCCUCAUGCAGAAUCUUGACAAUGUUCUCUGUAUAAGCUGAAUAUAGGAUGCAUAUUCAUAAUGAAACCCCACAACUUCUUUUGGAUUGGUGCUGGAGACUGAGGCAUUGCUCAAAGUCCCCUUUUGUCUUGUAAACUUGUGUUAUAUUGUUGGGGAAACAAAAUGUGAAAGACAAAAAUGUUUGAUGUUGUACCUAUAUGUUGUAUCUUUUUAUUUUACCUUUAGCAGACGAGCACAUAGUGUGGUUUGUAAAGCACCUUUCAACAGUAAAUUUCUCU